AUGUGGAACUCGGUAGCUAAUUUGAAGGAGAGCCUGAGUAAGAUCGCACUCGACGUGCAUGACGACGACGACGACGACGAGCCUUCGAUUCGCACUCCUCAGUCGCGCGAUCGGCUCGAGAACGGGAUUUCGGUCUCUGAGCGGAGGAUUUCGCGCAGUUUCAGUCGUUCAAAUUCUCCGAUCGUCAAUGGGUUUGAUUCCCCACCGACUCCCGAGAUCCAACAAUACAAAAAAGAAAUUAAGAGACUUCAGGAAUCCGAGGCGGAAAUAAAGGCUCUUUCAGUUAAUUAUGCAGCUUUGUUGAAGGAGAAAGAGGAUCUGAUUUCGAAAUUGACUGAAGAAAAUGGCUCAUUGAAACAAAAUCUUCUCACCACAAAUGCUGCUCUCAGUGCAACUACAGCUGUGCCUAAGGGGAGUGUCAAUAUUUCUCCCAGGUCCAAUAAGUUUGCAACAAAAGUACGUAACAAUGGAAGCCCAUUAUCCAAUGGAAUCAUAUCUAAACAUGAUGAAUUAAGCAAUGGAACCAUUUCAAAUAAUGGAAAGGAACUCUCAGAUCAGAUGGAAGACAAAAAUAAAUCCCUUGCAGAGUUGCAAGCAACGCAUGAAUCGCAAAUGAAACAGAUGGUGGUCGAGCUUGACAAAGAACGUGGUAGAUUAGCUACUAUGCGGUCAAGAUUAGAAGAGGAGCAGAAGUUGAACAGAUCAUUUCAGCAGGAGUUGGGCUCUUUAAAAGAUGAAAACAAUAAAAUGUUGAAAGAGGUGCAGAAAACACGUGAUGACCUAAAUCAGAAAAUAUCAGAAAUAGGGAGAUUGCAGAUAGAGUUACAGCGAAGAGAUGCAGAAGGAACAAAUGGCACUAUAGUUGAACUGAAGAAGGUAAUUGCUACCUUGGAAGAUGAAACUAGAAAUAUUAAGAAAGAAAAAGAUGAACUUGAGGCUGCCUUAAAAGCAGUUACUUCUGAUCCAGUUCCCAAAGGCGCGCCUGCUGACGUUGAUCCUAAUAAGCGUACAAGUCAUAUUAGUGUGGAAUCACCAUCGAAGGAGGAAAUGCAGCAAUCUUUGCGUAAGCUGGAGAACGAUUUGAAGGAAGCAUCCCGAGAGAGGGACAAAGCGUUGUAUGAGUUAAAUCGUCUCAAACAGCAUUUAUUGGAGAAGGAAUCUGAAGAAUCCGAGAAGAUGGAUGAGGAUAGUAAGGUCAUCGAGGAACUGCGAGAAAUCAACGGACACCAAAGAGUUCAAAUAUCACGUUUGGAGAAAGCUCUUACGCAGGCCAUUGCAAGUCAGGAAGAUAUAAAAGUGUCCAGCAGUAAUGAGCUGAUGAGGGCUAAAGAGACCAUAGACGAGCUUGAUAGAAAAUUGACCAGCUGUUUGAGCACAAUAGAUGCCAAAAACAUGGAAAUUUUGAAUCUUCAAACUGCACUCGGACAAUAUUAUGCUGAAAUUGAAGCUAAGGAACGUCUCAUUGAGGAGUUAUAUUUUGCAAAAGAAGAAUCUGCUAGACUCACAAAUCAGUUGAAGGAAGCACACCAGCAAGCGGACGUGUCAAAGAUGGAAAAAGAAGAAAUCCUUGGCAGGCUUUCAGAAGCCGAAAGGACUCUUGCUGAUGGGAAGAGCAGAGUUAAGAAGCUUACGGAGGACAAUGAAAAACUACGAAGGGCUCUUGAGCAAAGCAUGACGAGGUUAAAUAGGAUGUCAGUGGACUCGGAUUUUCUAGUUGACAGGCGCAUUGUCAUCAAAUUACUGGUGACAUAUUUUCAACGAAACCACAGUAAAGAGGUUCUGGAUCUAAUGGUUCGCAUGCUCGGAUUUUCGGAUGAAGACAAGCAACGAAUAGGCAUCGCCCAGCAAGGGGCCGGAAAAGGUGUAGUUAGGGGUGUGUUAGGUCUUCCGGGUCGACUGGUCGGGGGUAUUUUAGGCGGCGGCGGCUCAGCCGGAGGCCAGGCAGCCAUGGCAUCUGACAACCAGUCCUUUGCAGAUUUAUGGGUGGACUUCCUUCUUACGGAGACUGAAAAAGAAAAGAGAGGGUUGGCAGAAGGUUCCAAUCCGGCCCAUGACAACACGGAUACUUCGCCUUCUCCUUCCUCAGAUCACAAGGGGUCGUCAUCAUCAUCUGCUUCGAGUUAUUUGCAUAGCCCUUUCGACAGUCGAAACCAAAUGCAAUCACAUUCUCGUCCAAACUUCAUGCAACGUGAGAAUUCCGACUCGGAGUUUUCAACCGUUCCCCUCACCUCAUCGGAAAGCAAUUCCCAGGGCUCGAGACUACUUCCAAGAUACUGA